UUUCUCUCCCCACCGCCUCCUGCGGAGGUUCAUGGACGGCGCCUUCGAGCCGCGCCUCACACCCACCGUCGGUGAGCCCGGAGUCCGCCCGGGGCUGGGCGCCUUCCUGCUGGGCGCCUUCCUGCUGGGCUCCUUCCUGCUGGGCGCCUUCCUGCUGGGCGCCUUCCUGCUGGGAUCCUUCCUGCUGGGAUCCUUCCUUCUGCGCUUGUUUUUGGGGCCCGGAGCCGGGAUCCUGCAGAUGCGGAGAUGCCGGGCGGGCAUUCGGAGGUUCCUUCUGACGAGCCUCCCCUUCUAACUCUUAGGUGUUGAUUUUAAAACGAAGAAGAUGGUGCUGGAGGGCCGUGCAGUACAGCUGGCCAUAUGGGUAGGUGUUGUUCCAGACUAUGUUAGGUUUUGAGAGAUGCACAGGCUUCAAGAGCUGCUUUUUGUGGUUUUUUCACCUUCGCUUCCUUCCUGCUCCUCCUCUCUUUGCUAAAGUCUUCUGCAUUUUGAGAUUUUCACAGGGAAAUGAACCAAAAAGGUGAAGGAGACUCAGCAGGAUAGGACAGGACUGGAACAGAUAACUGAAAUCAUGAUGUGGUGUGAAAAAUAAACCCCGCAGGGCCUGCUGAAAUCCAGCCACUUUGGCCACAUACUUGGGCCACAAUGUGUGCAGAAUGAGUGUUGUGAUUGUACAGCAGCAGCUGCAGACAAACAAAACACUUCCAAAGGCUUCCUUAGUCAAGGUUUGGGACUUCCUUCCGUUCCAGUGGAGGCUCUGAGUGCCCUUUGCUGCAGUUUCUCGAAGGCUCUGGGGAGUGUAAAGCUUCUGAAGCUGUAGCAUGUGAGAGGCGGCCACCUGCACGCUCCAGCAGUCGAGCUGGUCCUGCCCAGCCUGACCCCCUGCACACAGUGGAUGGAGAUAAAGUGCCCGUGGUACACAUGAAAGGUAUUUUAGGAAAGGUUGUUUGGGUUAAUCCCACCUCAGGCAUGGACAAACCCAUCCGUGGCAGAGAGGUGCCUGCAUGAGCCAGGAGCACAGGAAUGGAGUCGAGCAGAGAAAGGUGAUGCUCUGGGAUACAGCAGGACAGGAGCGUUUCAGAGCAGUGACUCCCACUUACUACCGAGGAGCUCAAGGGAUUGUUUUAGUGUAUGAUGUCACAAGAAAAGACACUUUCACAGGAAUAGGAGGAUGGCUGAAUGAGCUGGAAAUGUACACCUCCUCCAGCAGCACUGUUAAGAUGUUGGUUGGCAAUAAAACUGAUAAGCCUGACCGUGAAGUAGAAAGAAAAGAAGGGCUCCAGCUUGCUAGGAAACACUCACUGCUUUUUAUAGAGACCAGUGCCAAGACAGAGGAUGGAGUGCAACAUGCCUUUGAGGAACUGGUCAUAAAGAUCCUGCAGACUCCAGAUCUCUGGGAUAAGGGCACCGCAAAGAAAGGAGUCCAGCUCAUGGAAUCAUCAGCACAGCAGCAUAAAGGGUUUUGUGGUGCCUCCUGUGCACUUAUUUAAAUGUACAGGUGGCUGUUCUGCCUGACUGGAGGGGACCUGGGGAAAAAAAAAGAAAGGUGGGGAUGGGAUUCCAAGCACCAAUCUGUGCUGUGUUUGCUGUGCCAUCAACUUUGCAGAUCCAGAACACAAACUCAUUAGCAAAAUACGUUUUUAUUCAUUAAGAAAAUACAGUUUCUCCUCCUCUUUUGCACAACUGCUAUCUGCAGGUAUUUUUUUUGCUAGCUCUCAGAUUUUUCACUUUAAAUCAUAGUGCUGCUUAGAGUAUAUAACAUUCAAUGUGGACUUUUGCUGGAAUUCGUGCCUCAGCAUAAAUAAGGUGGUAUUCAAUUCUGGAAUAUUAUUGAGAAGCUUCUCUCCCCUGGGAUGGCAUGGGAGGCUUUUAGGCACCCACGUUACCUUCAUGUAGUUACUCAGCAGUGCUGAGUUUGAUCAGGAUGUUUCCUGAUUUUGGAUGGUUUUAAAAAGUCAAAAUUGCUACAUAUCCCCAGCCAGUAAGCUGAGUUACUGGUUAAUUUUAGGGCUGUGAUGAAGAGGGGAUCUGUAUUUUAACUCUUUUCAGGAAAAGUGCAGGACACUGAAGGUGACCUUGUGCUGUUCUCUUUGCACUGAGGAUCAGGGAUGAGAUGCACUCAUCAUUUUGGGCUGUUUCAUGCCAUGGCUGUGGUUUUGCAGUCACUGAGGUUCUCUGCAAACCCUUGUCCUCUUCCAGUAACCACAGAUAAAACUGGAAGUUUUAUCAGAAUUUAUAAAAAUUUUAUCAGAAAUUGGUCAAACUCAAUUUCACAGGAAAUUGUUGCCUGUGGGAGACUUUGCACUAGGGUGAGUCUCACCCAUCCCACUAUGAAGUCACCUUUUUAUCUUUUACACUUUUAAUGCCAAUAUUGUAUUUUGCUAGCUUACAUUAAAGUAACUGAAAAUUUCACGUGUAUCUUGUUUGUAACUUGUGCCUUGCUUCUGUUAAUGCAUGUUUCUACUAUUAGACUAUGUUAGAUCAUAAAACAUACAGCUUUAUUUACUGCUAGUCAUUCAAAAUAUUUAAAGAUGUUAUGAUAGCAACCUUGCUUUAAAUAAAUUCUGACCCUUAGCUUUUUAACUUAAAUCUGAAUCUUCUAAAUAUGUUUAUAUAAAAAUCUGUUUGUAACCUGAAA